AUCUGCUCCCUCCCCUCCGCUUCUCCUUUGUGGCUGCAGCCUGGUGUGGCAGCUCGCGCAUCACACUCUCUACCAGACAGGUGCUGUGGGCUCGAGGCGGCAAACCCAAUCCCUGGUGGUGGUGUUCUUCACGUGUCCGUUUUGUUUGGUGUGCAGUGUCACGGGUGAUUUUGAUUUUACCCCUUCCUCCCCGUUUAGUUAAUUGCCGCCUUGGUAAACCCCAGCACUGUCCUGUCCUGAUUAUUCUGGAUUCAAAGAAAGUAGAUCCUAUUCCAUAUUAUCUCCAUCCAUGUACCAUUUUGCACUGCCCAGUGAUGAUUCAGCUAUUUAAAGUAUGACGCAGCAAACAUGGCAUGCUUUUAUGUGAACAGGAUAUCAGUAGGCUAUUGUAAAGCAAUGUGAUAUUACAAUCUAAUAUUGCUUUACAACACAUCAAUUCCACAUUCCUGCUUUUUGCUAUUAAAGGCUUGUUGUUGAAACAAGCCUUGGGGGGCAGGUCUGGUUGUAGCCUUGGGCAAUACAGUGAGAAUUUAAGAAAAGUUCAUUCUGCUGCAGAAACCAGACCUGGAAACUCCAAGUCUCUCAUCUUGAAAGAAGCAGCAGUCGGUUACAGCCAUCUCACAGAAACCAGACCUGGAACCUCCAUGUCUCUCAUCUUGAAAGAAGCAGCAGUCGGUUACAGCCAUCUCACAGCCUCUUGUCAACAUGCCUGCAUCUGGAUCAUGCACCUCUAUCAUCAACCUGCGCUUCCAAGAAGGCAGCGAGGGAAGUCCUUCCAACCCUGCCAAGUUCAAGAACCAAGACUUUGCGCAGCUGAAAGAUAACCACCUCCGCAGAGGCCGGCAGUUUGUGGACCGCACCUUCCCACCUGACAGCAGCUCUCUGGGAGACCUGCUGGAGCUCAGCAGUCGGCUGGAAGCCCAAGUGAAAUGGCUUCGACCAGCAAAACCAGACCUGGAACCUCCAUGUCUCUCAUCUUGAAAGAAGCAGCAGUCGGUUACAGCCAUCUCACAGCCUCUUGUCAACAUGCCUGCAUCUGGAUCAUGCACCUCUAUCAUCAACCUGCGCUUCCAAGAAGGCAGCGAGGGAAGUCCUUCCAACCCUGCCAAGUUCAAGAACCAAGACUUUGCGCAGCUGAAAGAUAACCACCUCCGCAGAGGCCGGCAGUUUGUGGACCGCACCUUCCCACCUGACAGCAGCUCUCUGGGAGACCUGCCGGAGCUCAGCAGUCGGCUGGAAGCCCAAGUGAAAUGGCUUCGACCAGCAGUGACAGAGGAACACUCUUUGCCGGUGGGAAGUCUCACUUAUCCUACUUUCAAAAUGGGUGGAGAAAGCAUAACCAGAGCAUUGUUCUUGUAAAAUCCACUUUUAGAGAAAUAAACUUAAAUCUAUUAUACAUAAAUUAAGAAUGUAUUGACAUAACAUGAAUAUGCUUCUGACUAUUCUUAGAUUUGACCAAAAAGCACUGCUUAAAAUACAUUUGGGUUUUCAGAUAUCCCAGCAGACAAUGACCUUUUUUCUGCACUUUGUUGGUUUAAAAAAACAAAGCAUUCAUAGCAAAAGAUAUUAGUAGUCUUAAUAGUAUUUUACAUUUAAGUUUCUCCACAGUUCACAACUAUGUAAACAAGUUCCUGCACAUCUACAGUAAACACAGUGAGAACAAAUACAUGAAAAUAAGAGAAAGAACACAUGUAACAUAUUGCCAUAUUUUAUCCAAUAUGCUCCUUUAGAUAACUUUUUACUUAUUGUUCCUUAUAGCUUUGUGAAGCACCUUGAGAUUACGUUGUUUUUAAAGUGUGCUAUAUAAAUCAAAUGUAUUAUUAUGUAAGAGGAUACAAAGAGAAUGUGUCAGGUGAUAUUUCCUUGGAGGUGUUGACCUAGACAAGAUAACCAGUUUUUUUUUCUGUCACAAGCCUCCCAGCCCCCUGUCAUUUUGGCUUUUCUAUACAUGCUAUACAUUCUGGGGGGCAGGUCUGGUUGUAGCCUUGGGCAAUACAGUGAGAAUAUAAGAAAAGUUCAUUCUGCUGCAGAAACCAGACCUGGAACCUCCAAGUCUCUCAUCUUGAAAGAAGCAGCAGUCGGUUACAGCCAUCUCACAGAAACCAGACCUGGAACCUCCAAGUCUCUCAUCUUGAAAGAAGCAGCAGUCGGUUACAGCCAUCUCACAGCCUCUUGUCAACAUGCCUGGAUCUAGAUCAUGCACCUCUAUCAUCAACCUGCGCUUCCAAGAAGGCAGCGAGGGAAGUCCUUCCAACCCUGCCAAGUUCAAGAACCAAGACUUUGCGCAGCUGAAAGAUAACCACCUCCGCAGAGGCCGGCAGUUUGUGGACCAGGCCUUCCCACCUGACAGCAGCUCUCUGGGAGACCUGCUGGAGCUCAGCAGUCUGAUUAAGCUCAGCGGUCGGCAGGAGGCCCAAGUGAAAUGGUUUCGACCAGCAGAAAUCCUGAAACUUCAAAACAACCCCAGUGAAGCUAUUUUCUGUACCAAAGGAGCCUCCCGCUUUGACUUUGGUCAAGGCGCUGUAGGUAACUGCUGGUUUCUGGCUGCGAUUUCCUCACUGACCUUCUGUAAAGACCUGAUGUGGCAAGUCGUGCCUAUGGAUCAGAACUUCAACAACCAUGCAGGGAUAUUUCACUUCAAGUUCUGGAGGUUUGGCAAGUGGGAGGAUGUUGUCAUUGAUGACUUACUGCCAGUAAUGAACAAUCAGCUGCUGUUUGUGCACUCCAAAGAUGGAAAUGAGUUCUGGGCUCCUCUGAUGGAGAAAGCUUAUGCCAAGGUGUGCGGAUCGUACACAGACAUGAAUGCUGGUUCUCCAUCAGAGGCCUGCAAGGAUUUCUGUGGAGGCGUGAACAUGUAUUACCAACUCCAGGAAGUCCACCGUGCAGGCCAUGAUGACAAGCUGUGGAGCUCACUGUCCAACGCCAGCAGCUGCAACUCCAUGAUCUGCUGCGGAACAGCCCAGAAAGGGAGUGUGUUGGUGAACACUGUAUCCAAAUCUGGUAUUGUUGAUGCACAUGCCUAUUCUGUCACAGCAGUCACUGAGAUUGACUAUCACGGCUCCAAAGUGAGGCUGGUGCGACUCUUCAACCCUUGGGGCGGAGAAGAGUGGACCGGAAACUGGAGUGACAAGUCCGACAUGUGGCAAAGAGUUAGCCCAAGUGUGAGGGCAAAGUGUGAGGACCGCGACGAUGGAGAGUUCUGGAUGGAGUUAGAGGACUUCUGUCGUCAUUUCUACAUGUUGUUCAUCUGCUGUGAGAACCCCAACUUUAUCGAUGGCGACCUCAACUGCCAGUGGCAAAGCCAGAUUUACGAUGGCAAAUGGACAGCUGGGAUAUCUGCAGGCGGCAGCUGGUCUAACCGUUCCUUUGACAUAAACCCUCAGUAUCGCAUGAAGGUGAAUAUCAUUGACAAGUCAGAGAAGGAAGACAUGAACAUCGUCCUUACUCUGAUGCAGAAAUCUAGACAGCAGAAUCGCAAUAGGCAAUCAACUUACCCAAUUGGGAUCAACGUCUUUAAGAUUCCACCAGGGACAACAUCGGGCCGCCUGCGUAUCGACCAACUUUACCAAUUGCAAAGACAGAGGGAACCGAGGUACACCAAUGCGAGGGAGCUGGUUGAGAUGUACAGCAUGGAGCCUGGAGAGUAUUUGAUCGUCCCCUCCACCGUGGAUCCCUACCAGAGUGCAGAUUUCAUUCUAACCAUCUUCUCCAAGACCGAUGCUCAGAUCACUCCCCAUGAUGAAGAUGAUGAGGACGAGCAUGACCACGAGGAGGGGGGGGACCUAGUUCUUCCUGAGGUACCAACCGACAACAAAAAGCCUGAGGAGGAAACCUAUGACAACAAGGCGAUCCGUGAUCUCUUCAACCGAUACGCUGAUCAGUUUGGUGAGCUGAAGGACAGGCAGCUCAGGAUGCUCCUGAAUGACAACUUCCCGCAUGGCACCUGGAAUGGCUUUGGUUACGAUACCUGCAGUAGCAUGAUCGCUAUGUUUGAUGUCGACAAAAAAAUGACAAUGACCCUCGUCAAGUUCACAUCUCUCUGGAAGAAAAUAAAUGAAUACAAGCAACACUUUCAUCGUGCAGAUGUGAAUAAGAAUGGAUCCCUGAGUGACACAGAGUUCAAUGUGGCAAUAAAGGCUGCAGAACCAGAGAUUGACCUUAACAGCGGUAUGGUGAGGCUGAUGACCUUCCGUUACUCAGCCUUUGAAGCCACCACCAUGGAGGGCUUCAUCUCACUCAUGUUACGCCUGGGCAAAACAACAAGUACCUUCAAGGACAAAUCAACAGAUGGAGUUAUCCACAUGUCUUGGGAGGAGUGGACCGAGUUCUCCAUGUACAACUAGACUCAAGAGUACACAGAAGACACGAGAGAAGAUUCCUACAAGCAAACGCUGCUUUAAGAGAAUAAAUGUCUUCCUGUGCAAAACCUGUAACAUGUUUCUCUGAUCAAAUUGUGAAAUAAACAUUGUUGCCUUCUGAA